UCAUUCGCCACUUCGUGCAGUGCUCGAGAGGACAAUUUUGAGGACCGCCGAAGCCUGCAUCCUCUUUUCCUUCACCUGCCGCCCGCAAGCACCUCUCGCUCUAGCACUAUGGCGGCCAUUCUUCGGAUUCCGGCUCCGCUCUCCACCUAUCGCCUCACUCCGGUCUGCAAAGGCCGCGGCGGUGGAGGCGGAGGCGGAGGCAAGGGCGGCGGUGGCGGAGGCAAGGGCGGCGGUGGCGGCGGGAAGAGCGGCGGUGGCGGCGGAAAGGGCGGCGGGAUUUCCCAACAAUCCGCUGCGCAAAUUCAGAGUCAGGCUGCGCGCCAGGGCGCAGCGGGAAAGGGCUCCCCCGCGGCUGCGGCGCAGCGCGCAGCGGAUGCGCCGUAUAAGGUGACAUCGCAGAACGCGGCGACGAUUCAGAGCUUCACGGCGACGACUUACGGAGCGGUUGAGAAGGGUUCGUUUGCGUCGGAGGCUCAGAGCCAGGCUGCGGCAAACGACAAGUAAGGAUGAGAGUGCGAUAUUUUGUUUACGGUGCGGCCUGUGUUGUUCUGGCUGGCUGUGUAAUUAAAGGUGUGAUAGGUGAUAUGGGAUUUGUAUUUAGUAUGCACGGGCAAUUGCAAUCGUAUGAUUGCUUUAUGAGCACCGUUCGAAGAUAAUUGACUCUGACCUCAAGCCAGACUGCCUCGAGACAUGUGUGGUGCAAUAUGUAAGUUGUAUGUGGCCAACUUCAACCGAGUACAAAUUCUUACUCUCAUAACGGGUUGCCGAUGCUGCUCUGGUUAUUAGCUUUAUAACGGGUAUAAAGGCUGCAACUGAAUGUGGGCAAAGCCUAUGCCAUGCCAUGGCAUGCAAUGCGACCCCAACUUCCAUUAUGUGGAAUCAUCAAGCCAGCAUCAACUUCCAACUUACAGCAAACCUAGAAAGCUAACAGCUAUACCGGACCGCGUAUUAUAACCAACACCAUGCAGGAGCUAACCGCAUGCCGUGCGAUGCGAGUGCAAAUGUUGUGAAGCCAUCGUGCAAGAAUAAUGUACGACCCGAUAUGUUUAACCCUCGCAUGGAAUUACCUUUUCACGCCAUGAGCACGGCUUGGUCAUGCGACAUGACGAGUCCAAACAUACCCGCUGUAGGACCCGUGCGAGACGUUCUCGAGAAGUUCCAGAAAGGAGACAAUACACACCCGCUGUCGCAUCCGCGACCCGAGCAGUGUCCGUCGUGCGAGUCGCCUUCACGUGACAGUUCGCUUGAAGCCUGUAACUGGAACUCGAACGACGCCCCUCGCUAGAGAGGAUUCUUCUCGCACGCGAUUCUUUUUAUAAAGGUGCUGGUAUUUUUCAUUCCUACGCAGAAGACCCGACGAUCGUUUUCAAAACCGCGGUCGAGCUAUUCCUGUUUGAUACUCUCAGCACGUCCUGUGUUCUUACCUCGACAUCCUGAAAUGACGACUGUCGUGCGAAUCGCGGCCUGUCAUGGCUGCCUCAACGUUCGGAUGAUGGCCAAGGGUGGGGGAGGCGGAGGCGGGGGAAAGGGCGCAAGCAGCGGCGGCGGCAAGGGCGGAGGAAAAGGCGGAGGGGGAGGCGGAGGCAAGAGCGCCAGCAGCGGCGCUAAAACCGGCGGCGGCGGCGGUAAGAGCGCCCCCAUUUCCGGCAAGACUGCGUCCCAGAUCCAGAGUUCCUCCGCGAAAAUGGGCGGCGGAGCGGUGGCGAAGGGUUCCGCCGCAGCCGCGGCGCAGCGAGCGGCGGCUGCGCCGUCCAAGGUAACCGGCGGCGACGCAGCGGCUCUACAGAGCUUCACGGCGAAGACGAGCGGAGAAGUUGCUAAGGGAUCGCCUGCGUCUCAGGUUCAGAGCACAGCGGCGGGAAAUGAGGCGGGAAAGGGGGAAUAGGUCAAGCAGGGGCAGAAAGAUGAGGGCGAAAUUGUACGCGUUUGUCUCUGUCCCGCGUUUUCUUGUUAGCGUACCAUGUGAAAAAAUGUGUAAACAGAAGUGCAGAACACUAGUGACCAGAUUGCAUGACAACUUUCAUAGAUGCCAAAAAGAGAGAUCAUGAGGAACAAAGCAAGCAACCCAUGUGUUAGUGUCUUCCAAAUCACCUUCAGCCGUUCUCCGGUAUAGAAAUGC